UGUUCUCUCCUCUCAUCCUCGUUCUCUCCACUGAGACGAAGAUUUUCAGAAUUUCUCAAAGUCCUCCUCCUUCUCUUCACAAUUCCAAGGUUUCCGACCUUUUCGGAGGGAGGAAGUACCAAAAUUGUUGAACAUUUCCGAACCCAGGGAGUCCAGUCUAGUGGCCACGACUACGGUGCUGGACUGACGACCUUUUUCCACCUUUCCACCUUCCUCAUUGUCUUUCAUUCAUCAGCCACCUAAGAAAUAUUAUUGUUGGGCAGAGUUCAGAGAAAUUGAAGUUCUCCGUACUGCAGUUCAAAUCAGUUAGCUCUCUUUCCAAAGUGUCGACGAACAUUCUUUUUUGAGAAAUCAGACAGAUUUUCAAAGGAGGAUGUCGAAUAUCGCGUCGCAAAGGAUCAAACGCGAGUUCAAGGAGGUCGUCAAGAGCGAGGAGGGGUCUGGUCCCGAGGGAAGAAAAGACCCAAAAGAGGUGCACUUGGCACUAGUUGCGAAAUGUGCGAUUCGUAUUGAUUUGGUGAAUGACAGUUGGUCCGAGUUGCGAGGUCAGAUUGCAGGACCGCCUGAUACGCCCUAUGAAGGGGGAAAUUUCGAGUUGGAGAUUGUGGUGCCGGAAACGUAUCCAUUCAAUCCACCAAAGGUUCGAUUUUUGACGCGAAUUUGGCACCCCAACAUUUCAUCGGUCACAGGAGCAAUUUGCCUUGAUAUUCUGAAAGAUCAGUGGGCGGCUGCAAUGACCUUACGUACUGUACUCCUUUCACUGCAAGCACUCUUGGCUGCAGCUGAACCUGAUGACCCACAAGACGCUGUGGUUGCUCGACAAUUUAAGGAUCACCCAGCUGUAUUUAAAAUGACGGCUCAACACUGGUCAGCGAUCUAUGCUGGAGGUCCUAACAGGAAGCCAGAGUAUGAAUCACGAGCUCGUCGUCUCGUUGACAUGGGAGUAGAAACGAACACUGCGUACAGCGUCUUGUCGGCUCAAAAUUGGGAUCUUGAACGGGCUACUGAGUCAAUUUUUGGAUAGGCCCAGCAGAAAUCUUAGCGCUAUGUAACUUAAUUUAAACUAAUAACGAGAGCAGCAGCAACAACGGAAUCGAUUUCGCGAAACUUCGAUUUUCAAAACAAAAAAAAAUUAUCAAAAUACUUUUACAUUACUAAAAACCGUCAUUGGUGGCACGAUUCAGUUUGAACAUUAGUAUUAUGCCGUCAUAAUAUUUUCUCUCGGAAAAAAAUUCUUGUUUCUUUUUACAAAACUAUUUAUAUUAUGGAUGGUCUCAUUUGAAAAAAAGAUAUGGUAUGGCAGGGCAUUCGAUAUGCUACUUAUUGUUAAGUAUACUCGUGCGUGAUGGAAAAAAUAGAUUGUGAAACAAAUCAUAUAUUAUAUACAUAAAAAUAAAAGAAAUGUUACUACCCAGUUGUAGUAGUGUGGUGCUCCGUAA